GUCCUGGUGACGUCACGCUGUGCGUCGUGUCGGCUGCCGCAGCGGCUGCUCUGACUUCUUCCUCCAUGUUGCCUUGUUGAGGCGCCUCACCUGUGUCCUGAGGGAGCCCGCCCGCUACAGGUCCAUGAGCUGGGGCCGGAGCGCUGGGCACACAGUGUACCGGGGAGGCGGCGGCUUCACAGGCACAUUGCGGCUCUUCUUGUGAUGCCUCUCCCAGCGCCCACCAUGAUCUCCUAGGAAGCUGGGGCCGCUCUGUACCCUUCUAUCUGUGUAGAGGAGGAGAGCGCUGACUCAGCCCUGGCAUGUCCUCCUCCAGCAGCCGUCAUACCAUCGCAUGCACCGGGGGCUCGGCUCCGUGCCGUAGUGGGUAAUAAGGACGUUGUGCUGUAGAAGUGUCUUGUGUGGCCGGAGCUGUGUGUUGUGGAUCAGGCUCGGUGCAGGACAGGUCACCCUCCUCCUACCAGCAUGGCCUGGGCAUUAAAGCUACCGCUUGCUGAUGAAGUCAUCGAGUCCGGACUGGUGCAAGACUUUGAUGCCAGUUUAUCUGGGAUCGGGCAAGAGCUGGGUGCUGGCGCCUACAGUAUGAGUGAUGUACUUGCUCUGCCUAUCUUCAAGCAAGAAGAGUCAAGUCUGCCGUCGGAAAAUGAAAAUAAGAUCUUACCUUUCCAGUAUGUGCUGUGUACGGCUACCUCCCCAGCAGUAAAGCUUCACGAAGAGACCCUUACCUAUCUCAAUCAAGGCCAGUCCUAUGAAAUCAGGAUGUUGGACAAUAGAAAACUAGGAGAAUUGCCUGAAUUGAAUAGCAAGCUAGUUAAGAGCAUCUUCAGAGUGGUGUUUCAUGACCGGCGCCUUCAGUACACGGAGCACCAGCAGCUGGAAGGCUGGCGGUGGAACAGGCCUGGAGACAGAAUACUUGACAUUGAUGUCCCCAUGUCUGUGGGUAUUAUUGACCCAAGAGCCAAUCCAACUCAGCUCAACACUGUUGAAUUUCUCUGGGAUCCUUCCAAGAGGACAUCUGUCUUUAUACAGGUUCAUUGCAUUAGUACAGAAUUUACAAUGAGGAAGCACGGGGGUGAGAAAGGUGUUCCUUUCCGAAUCCAAAUUGAUACUUUCAAAGAGAACGAAAAUGGAGAGUAUACGGAGCACCUGCACUCAGCCAGCUGUCAGAUCAAAGUGUUCAAGCCUAAAGGAGCAGACCGAAAACAGAAAACGGACCGAGAAAAGAUGGAAAAGCGGACCCCACAGGAGAAAGAGAAAUAUCAGCCUUCCUAUGAGACCACUAUUUUAACAGAGUGCUCACCCUGGCCUGAGAUUACAUAUGUCCCAAACGCUCCCUCUCCUGGAUUUAACAGUUCCCACAAUAGUUUUUCAAUUGGUGAAGGGCAUCUGAAGCUGCCGGCACAGAUGGAGCGCCAAUUGGAUGGCAUGGAGCACGGUAAGGGACCUCCGUCCAUCCUUUCAGCUGAUCGGGACCCCGUGAUUUUGCCUUGGCUCCCUGAGCUAACUGGCAGCAAUGGUUCUCCAAAUCACCAGCCUGAGCCUCCCGCACCCAUCAUUGAUGUAAGUUCACCAAUGACCUCCGUUCAGAACCUCUUGCCUACAUCAACCCCUCAGGAGGCACAACAGUGGCUACAUAGAAAUAGAUUUGCUGCAUUCUCGCGGCUAUUCACAAAUUUCUCAGGUGCAGAUUUAUUAAAGCUAACUAGGGAUGAUGUAAUUCAGAUCUGUGGACCUGCUGAUGGGAUUCGGCUCUUCAAUGCACUGAAAGGGAGGGUGGUACGGCCAAGGCUCACAAUUUACGUCUGCCAAGAAUCCCAGCAGCUAAGGGAGCAUCAGCAGCAAAAACAUGAAAAUGGGGAGCAAGGAAACGGUGCUUUUUAUGUGUAUCAUGCCAUUUACCUGGAAGAGCUGACGUCGCUUGAAUUAACAGAAAAGCUUGCCCAACUUUUCAACAUUUCUCCUCAUCAAAUUAACCAGAUCUACAAACAGGGGCCCACAGGCAUCCACGUUCUUAUAAGUGAUGAGAUGAUUCAGAAUUUUCAGGAUGAAUCAUGCUUUGUGUUGGAUACAAUGAAAGCUGAAACCAACGAUAGCUACCACAUUAUUUUAAAAUAAGGUGCUGCACGAGAUCCACCUUGUCCCCUCAUCACUGAAGACAAAGAACUGGUGUCUCAGCGCUCUCCAAUAGGCUCACAAGACUUGAAUGCACUAGAGACAAAUAACUCUUCAGCGUGAUGCCACAUGACUGGCAGAUCACGUGACUUUCGCUUCUUCCAUAUUGAGACAGUCAGGUGGCUCCUGCUUGUGCAGACUCAAAUCCCAUCCAUUCCAUUACACCGAGAUUAUUGCAGUGACUAAGCAUAGAACUGCUUAUAUCUUGUAUGGAGCAGGCUUGGUCUGCACAAGGACAAGCAGAUCACUUUAAUAUUCAGAUGACGUGAACAUGGAUAAUGUAUGAACUGGCCAUACCAAUACAUUGGCUGGCAUCAUCCCUUUUUAUAUUUAACAAAAAGUAAAAAAAAAAAUAAAAGCAUUUUAAGCUGAUCUCACAGGCUGCUGGAAGACGCGGAUAAAAUAUUCUGGAAGCAUAUUGGUGUAUGUUAUUGGUUACCCCAUCACACUGUACUGUCUAAUAUAGAUGGUAAGGGGGUUAGUAUUUUUUUUAUGUAGCAUGUGUCUUUUUGUAUGAUGCUUUUUGUAACACCAGCCCAGCUGUCCCUCCCUGUUCUUCUCAGAUUUUUACUUGUCUUUAUACAUUUUUUUUUUUUUUUAAUGGAUUGACAGAGGAGAUGAUGACUGCAGGACAGGUACUGUUCCUGAUCAUAUGAAUUAUUUUUAAUGCCAUAUUUUGGUGAUCUUCUUUGCCAUCAGUCCUAUCAGCUUUCUCAAAAUACCUCCAACCUGUAAAGUUAUACCCCAGAUUUCUGCAUGCAGCGGCUUGUAGGGCAGGGAUUGAUGGGACUUGCUCAAUGACCAAUCCAAUGCGAAGCGACUCAGAUCAACAGAACGGACAGUCGGUGUAUCCUUUUAUCUCUUCCUUCUGAUAUCUUACUAUUGGAUCUCUGGUCUUUGUAUUUUUAUUUUUUUUUUUCAUCCUCCUUUCUACGCCUUAUUGAUUUUAUUUUUUUUUGUAAUUGUUUUUCUCUAGUUAUUGUUGCAUAUAAUUU